AUGGUACCCAGAUUUCACUUCUUUAUCUUUGUCGCUGUGACCUGUCUGAUAUUGUUUGGGAUUAACCGUCAGUACGAUUUACUGUCGGCCAGGAUUACACAAAUCGGGCAGGAAAAGGAGAGCACUCAAACGGAUACGGCCCCUAGCCAAGCGAGCCCACCCAAGACAGAAUACAUACCCACCGACUCUGCCACCUCACCUUACUGCAAGUGGGUCUUUGACCGGUACGAAUCCAGCGAGUAUGAGGAGCAAUGGUUCCGAGAGGUGCCACACGUUCAGUCCACCACUGCCGACGGUGCCAAUAUCUGCAAGGCUAUUCAGAAGCAUGUCGAAGCAGCCAAGUCCAUCAUCAGGCGAACCAUCACUCUAGCAUCCGUUGACUCCAAAGUCAAAUGGACAACACUCGACGCCUCUCCAGGCCCUCUCGCCCCGGAAGACGAAUAUAUGAGUCGUAUGCAUUACCGACGUGUAUGCUAUGAUGAGCAUAAACAGAUCUUUCAACCUGCAUCCGGGAGUGGGAUACAAUUGAUCGAACCGCUAUUCGGGAUGCUCCGUGAUCCCUUUGAUGGAUAUUGCGGCAAGGAUAAGCUUAUCAUGGAUAACUAUCCCGACGAGCAUCCAGGACAAUCUAAGCUUCACAUUCUGCCUCAAGGCUAUGCUCCGUUUACGUACACGACCAAGAAUGACGACAUUGAGCUUAGGAAAUGGUAUACUCAUGGGGUUCCGCCGUGGUAUUCAUCAUUACGACCUGUAUACGAUGAGCAGCUCGGAACGGCUUGGUUAUCACCCCAAAAUAUCCACUUGGAUCUGGGUUCCUCCUACUUUGGUGGUUGGACCCGUGGGGCAACUGCAGCAUCUGGUCAGUGGUUCUAUGACAAGUACCAUGCACGCGGCCAGAAAUUCGACCGAUUCAUCGCCGUGGAAGUCGAGAUCUUGAACGAUACCCAGGUCUACGAACAAGUUCCAGAGGAUUUGAUCGGUAUCUACACGCUAAUGAAUGUUGGUUUGACCAUGGGAGGAGACAAGCUGAAUACUCUCAACAUGAUUAAGCGGCUUGUCCACCCAGAAGACUUUCUGGUCUUCAAGCUCGAUAUAGACUCGGCGCCCAUAGAGGAGCCCAUCGUCCAGAGUCUACUAGCAGACGAUCCCGAGAAUGGCAGCGCGCUUAUUGACGAGCUGAUGUUCGAGCAUCACGUCAAUUUCUACCCAAUGAAUAGCCCGUGGGGAUUAUCACCGACUUCGAAGGAGAGUGGCGAUCUGUUGACCAGUUACAAUCUCUUCAGAGAUCUCAGGAAGAAGGGGAUCCGGGCGCAUUCGUGGCCUUGA